ACUGAGGAUGAAAGGUGGGGAGGAAAUGGAGGCGGUCUUGGCAGAGAUGGCAAAAGUGAUUUACUACCUUAUGCUAAUGAAUUUUCAUUUCUUGCUUCUAUGCCAUGCAAGACAGCAGAGGAGAGGUAGAUUCGAGACAGAAAAGUUUUCCUUCUUCAUAGCUUGUUUGUAGAUGUUGCCAUUUGUAGAGCUAUUUCCGCUGUCCAGUUUGUAAUGCGAAUGCCAGAAUUAGCUCAUUCCGCUGUAAGCACUCAGACAAGUUAUACAGAGAGAGUAGGAGAUUUAUGUGUAUCUGUCACAAAAGAUGUUUUAGAUGCUAGCUGCAAAGUAGAUACUGAGAUUGAUGGGGCUCAGGCCACUGAUGUAGACACAGAAAAGUUAAUUGAAAGGAACCUACUGAAGGGGAUCACAGCUGAUGAAAAUACUGCUGCCCAUGACAUUGCCACUCUAGGGUUUGUUAUCAUAAGAUUUUGUGGUCAUAUUGUUACCGUAAAAGUGCGAGGGAGAGAGGAUGAAAAUUUGGGUCCUCCAUUACAAAGCCUUGAACUGCUUGCUCAGCCUGAAGGAGGAGCCAACGCCCUCAACAUAAACAGAUUAAGGUUGAUGGUGCUGUUGUCACGGAUCCCAACACAAUCCUCAGAGCUGGCUCAGAACUCGUCUAUCACUGGCUUCCUUGGAAAGAGCCUCAUGCACCUUACCUCAGUUUGCUGGUGUUCGAUCAAAAAGGGAUAGAGAAGUUGUAUCCAUAGCACUUUGCAUUUUCCGUUUGAUGAUUUACCCCGCUGCAAAUUUAAUGUUCAGCAAGUUGCUGCUGUUGUUUAUCGCUUCAAGCUUUGACAAUGGACUUAUCAAGCUUUAAUAAUGAAUGUACUUCGGUUACCUCA